AAGCGUUGUGUUAUUUCAUCAGGCGGCGACAACACGCUCCCAUGGCGGUAACCUCGGUUUUAUGAAGUCCGUUUGUAACAUCGCAGGUUUCCUCAAACCCGGAGCCGCUCCCAGUCCGGCCGCAGCUCCCAGUCGACUCGGAGCAGAGAUGUGUAAAGAGCUCAAGACCAAAGUGCUGCGUUUACUGCCGCCGACCUCCAAUGGGCCGUCUGUUCAGCAGGGGGGCCAAACAGAUGGUGCUGAAAUCCUGAGUUACACGGUGAAGGCUCUGAAGGAGGGUCAUGUGGUUGCUGUGCCCACGGACACCAUCUACGGCCUGGCAUGUCUGGCCCAGAACUCGGAAGCCAUCAGAAAAACCUACGACAUCAAAGGACGUAAUGGACAGAAGCCGCUCGCCAUCUGUGUCGGAGAAACUCGGGAUAUCUAUAAGUACUGUAAGGUGCCGGUAAAGGAACCACUGCUAGCGGACCUGCUGCCUGGUCCCGUCACUCUGGUGUUUGAAAGGUCUGAAGUGCUGAACACAGAUCUCAACCCCUUUACUUCGGUAAGUCCACUCCUUCAAGUGGGUGGUACUGAAAACAAAGCAUCAAACAAAUGUCUUAUUCAUGAUUGUCAAUCCUCUGUUGUUUACGUGUGUCCAUGUGCUCCUCAGCUUGUAGGUGUGCGUAUCCCAGACCACGCCUUCAUGAGACGCCUCUGCCAGAUGUGUGGGGAACCCCUCGCACUUACCAGCGCUAACAUCAGCUCGCACACCAGCACUGUGGCCGUACAUGAGUUUCAGGAACUGUGGCCCAAACUAGCAGUGGUGGUCGAUGGAGGACCAAUUGGAGAUCAGAGCCGCCUCGGAUCAACAGUGGUCAACUUAUCUGUGCGGGGCAAAUACAGCAUCAUCAGACCCGGCUGUGCCCUUUCUUCUACGGUUGACGUGCUGGAGCACAAAUAUGGACUGUCAGGAGACUUGGGGGAGGAAUGACCUUUUGAACUCUCCACACUCCACAACAAAUGCUAAGACGCACAACGAGUGUUGACCCCGGGCGUUCUCAGACAAGAUGAAUCCUUUUCAUGUCCACAUGGAAGAAUUUGUCUUUCCCGGGAAAGAAUAGAACUCAGGAACAACUUGAGCGUUAAAAUGCUAAUGGCCGAUAGCGUUCUGGUGGCUGCUUUAAAGUAAAGUAACUUUUUUAUUUUGACCAUAUUUCCGCCUUACUAUGGGUCUACUAUUAUGGGAUUAUGCAGGAAGUGUCAUAGUUCUCUACCAUUUUAUUCAGAAAACUAGAACAAUGUCGGCUAUAUAGGAUGUUUUUUUUUUUUUACAUAAAAUUUUAACUAUCUUUUUGUAUUGUCAACAUGGCUUAACCAAGAGUACAGUUUUUUGUAUUUUUUGACUUAAUAUAUGUUAUAGGUGUAGUAGGCAACUGUUUUAUGGCCAGAAAAUUUCUAUGUGGUUCUGUGAAUCGCAUUGACUAUACAUCAGAUCUUUGAGUCCAGAAUUGUUUUUUAAUAGAUGAAUCCCCUUUUAUUUAUUUCAUCCACAUGUCAGUUUAACAGUGGCAUGCAUUGCAAUUGGUCUCCUUCUAGUUACAAUAACUGUUUUAUGAAACUUAAACUACAUUACAUUUACAAGAUGAAAAAUACUGUAAUAUUUCAAUACUGUAAUUCAAGUUGUGUUGAUACGGUGUACAUUUUCAUCUGUCCUCUUGCAGGUUAAAAACUGGAGCGUUAGCACGGUAGCACUACACCAAUAAAACUUUUUCUCUCUUA